GUCGUAUAAGUGUCUGUGUUCUGUCGUAUCUCCGCUGAGUCGCCUGACGUGCGAUAUAUGCGUAAAUAUAUUUAACAACUAAUAAUAUUCGUAGAUAUAGAAGAUGUCUUAUCGACAUGGACGCGGAGCAAGAAAUGCAUACGGUUCGUAUCGUCAAAGAGAGAGUUCCGAAGAUACUCAUGAUGGUUCUAGCCACAAUGCAGGAAAUAGACAGAGUCGCGGGUCGGCUCAAGGAAGCCGAGGUAGGGGACGCGGCGGUCAUCCUCCGUGGCUAAAAGGAAAAGAGAUAGGGCUUUAUUACAAGAAAAAGUCACAGAGUUCACAGAGACCGACGCAUGCCAUUAAAUUGAAUCCGCACAUUGAAAGAAAAAUUAAAAACCUGUUAGAGUCGAUGCCAAGUACAAAUUUCAGGCCAGUUUCUGGGACAGGAAUGUACGAUGGUAUUGAUAGCAAGCUCAAGGCUAGGUAUGAUCACAUUAAUGACUCACAUUUCAAAAAAAAUUUCCUGGAAAUUGUGUCUGGCGAUAUUCAACAAAAUCUCACAAAGUCUAUGCUUGCUAAAUCAAAGCUUGUCCAAAAUGAUACUUAUGACAAGAGAGCAAUAGAGGAACACAAAGAAAGAGUCGCGUCACCCGGUUAUCAAAAAAUGUUGAAGUUCAGGGAAAAAUUACCUGCUUUCAAAAUGAGGCGGCAAGUCUUGGAGCUCAUAGAAAAGAAUCAAGUUGUAGUGAUAAGUGGUGAAACUGGUUGUGGCAAAACGACGCAGGUUGCCCAGUUCAUUCUAGACGAUCAAAUCGAAAGAGGAAAUGGAAGUGUCACAAAAAUUAUUUGUACUCAACCACGGAGAAUAUCGGCUAUAUCCGUAGCUGAACGAGUCGCUGCAGAGAGAGCAGAAAGGCUUGGGUGUUCCGUUGGCUUUCAAAUUAGACUUGAGAAAGAAUUGUGCAGAGAUUAUGCGAGCAUAUUGUUUUGUACUACAGGCAUGUUAUUACAAUUUUUGCACAGUAACCCAGCUUUAACUGAUUGGUCUCAUUUAAUUCUUGACGAAAUUCAUGAAAGGAGCACAGAAAGUGACUUUAUUAUUACAUUGCUGAAACAGAUCAUUCCACGGAGACCCAAUCUCAAAGUGAUUUUGAUGAGCGCUACACUGAAUUCUGAUCAGUUUUCAAAGUAUUACAAUAACUGUCCGAAUAUUCAUAUACCAGGUUUUACGUAUCCUGUGCAAGAAUAUUAUUUGGAGGAUGUACUCCAGUUUACUCGAUUCAAAUUCCCCCCGCCUCCUGAGAUGCCAAAUAACCAUAGAAAGCACAUGAAGAGGUAUAAGAAUCAGCAAAAAAAAUCGGAUGAUUUCUUAGAUUUUAUUCAACCAUAUUUACGGCAUAUCGAGUCUGAGAGAAAAUACCCGCAAUUUGUUAUCGACCAACUUAGAAAUCCAGUGAGCGAAGAUUUAUCACUCGAACUUAUUGCGGAACUGGUUCACUUUAUAUGUACAAACGAAGGUCCAGGUGCCAUUCUGAUAUUUUUACCAGGAAUGACUGAUAUUACCAAAUUAACAAGAAUGCUACUCGAAUCUGGAGAGUAUCCAUCAAGUAGGUUUAUAGUUUACCCUUUGCAUUCACGCCUGCCAACAGUGGAUCAGAAACUUGUAUUUGAAAGACCUCCAGAUCGCGUGAGAAAGAUAAUAAUAGCAACAUCAAUUGCUGAAACGUCCAUAACAAUAGAAGAUGUUGUGUUUGUUAUCGAUUCUGGUAAAAUGAAAUUGAAUAAAUUCGACACCGAUAACAAUAUAGAAACGUUAUUGCCAGAACCCGUCUCUUUGGCCAAUGCCAAACAAAGACGUGGGAGAGCUGGAAGAGUUCAACCUGGCAAAUGUUAUCACUUAUAUACAAAAGCGCGAGAAAUGACAAUGGACGAGUAUCCCUUACCAGAAAUGUUACGAACAAGAUUAGAACAAGUUAUACUUCAGGCAAAAAUUUUACAGCUUGGUAAAAUAAAGCCAUUUUUAGCAAGUGUAAUAGAUCCUCCAAAUGCAAAAGCUGUCGAACUAUCUCUUCAGCUACUCAUUACUCUAAAUGCUCUUGAUGAAGAUGAACAGUUAACACCUCUAGGAUAUCAUUUGGCAAAAAUACCACUCGACCCCAGAACAGGAAAAAUGAUAAUAUUGGGAGCAAUUUUUUCAUGUGUCGAACCAGUAUUUUCAAUCGCUGCUAGUCUGACUUAUAAAGACGCGUUUUAUUGUCCUUUGGGAAAAGAGGCUGAGGCUCAAAAACGGAAAUUGGAACUUGGCUUAGGUCAGUACAGCGAUCACAUUGCACUUGCAGAGGCUCUCAGGCGGUUUGAAGAAGCAAAAACCAGGGGGUCUCCAGGAUUCUUUUGUAGACAGUAUUUUCUUUCCUGGAACACUCUCAAGCUUUUAACAGACAUGAAGAGUCAGUUCGCCAAGUAUCUGUGCGAGAUGAACUUUCUUCACAGUGCAAAUCCUAAUGAUGAACGUGCAAACAGAAAUUCAGAUAACUUGGCACUGGUUAAAGCUGUGGUUUGUGCCGGACUUUUUCCGAACGUAGCUAUUGUUAAGUCAGUCAGAAGACACGGCGCAAGCGUUGUUACUCCCCAAGAUGGCAAAGUCAAGCUUCACCCUUCGAGUAUAAACGAAAAAUGUCAAUCCUUUCCCAGCCCUUAUUUGGUUUACUUCACCAAGCAGCUAUCCUCAGCUAUUUAUCUGCACGACACUACGAGUAUUAGCCCUAUGGGUUUGAUAUUUGCAGGUCCAAAUAGUAAAAUAGGAGAACAGAAUGGAAAAUGUGUUAUGGCACUACCAGGUGCCCUCAGCUUUUUAUGUGAACCGGAAACUGCGUUCAUUGUUCAGAAAUUACGCGCCAAGCUGGAAUGGCUGCUGGGAUAUAAAAUCACUCAUCCAGGGACGAUAAAAUGGGACAGUGACGAAGGGGCGGUCUUGAAAGGUAUGAUCGAGCUUGUAUCGCAGGGCGAUGAGGAGAUGGGGCUAGAAUCUCGUAUGUACCACGUGGGAUUUGCCAAUGAGACAUACUCAGAUUCUGAUUGAUAAAUAACGAUUCAUAACGGUUUAAUUUUAUAUCUAUGUGAAUAACUCGUGUAUUCGUUUGUUGUGUCAAUUUUUCCAUUGUGUUAGAAGCUUGGAUGUGAGUAUUAUUCUUGAAUUCUGCCUAGAAUUAGCACAAAGUUGACGAAUCGCAGCAAUUUUUUUCGACGCUUGUUCUCGCAUGAAUUAUAUACAGAUCAUGAUAAUACUUCCUUAGUAAAGUAAAUCUACGUGUAUUCCAGUGUUGGAAAUAAUUGACAUUAAUUAUAGGUAGCGAUCAAUUGUUAAAUAUUAGUUUCUUAAUCAAAGAACAUUCAAUUUUUAUCCACUUGAGUCACUGAAAAAAGUGAACCAUUUUCAAUCUUUGAAGAAUCUCGGAAUGCAACACUCGAGUCACGUAUACGGAUGUCUGCAUCGUCGGGUUUAUCCUGUCGAAAUAAUUAAACAACAAAACAACGCUAAUUUUUAAAUUCAACUCUCCGAAAUGUAAGAUAUUUCUGUUGUUAUAGAUUAAAUUGUGAUCUUUCAUCAUCACAAGACUUACGAGUCGAAGUAUGUCUUCUUUAUGUUACUUUAUUAGAAAAUGGCCAGCUACUGUCGUAGUCAUGAUCCAUUAUCUGUAACCGCAAAUUUGCAUCUUCAAUAUACGGUUUAGACGUAGUUUAGUUAUGAGAAGAAUUAGUUUAUGUCCAUUGAAACAAUAGAAGUUGAAAGUAUUGCAAAGAUAUUAUUUUCGUCAUUCUAAAACCUCUGAGAAAAAUUCCAAUUUUCCGUUAUUCUUUGUCUUAUUUUCAAAUCCCUGUAGUUUUAAAAUCCUCGCUAUUUUCGUUUCUUGUUUCGGAUGAUUGCGUACUGCAUUUUUUUCGGUAUAUGUUUGCGAAGAUACGUGCAUACAACUCCAUAGAAUGAGAUGGAUAGGGACAUCCGUGUGAUCCUGACUUAUGAUUAUGGCAGCCCGCAGGCGCACGUACUUCAAACGAGCCAAUCAUAAGUAAAAGUCACCGCUGAA